AUGACAGCCUUGUCAGAUUCGUCCUUCGCCAUGUUCCAUUCUCAACCUGAUGCCGAGGACUAUGCUCGAUAUGCCGACUCCAACGUCAUUUUCACUACAGGACCCAUGGAUGUGAGCAUCCCAGCCGAUGCAUUUGGUUUCCAGCACCAAAAUGCCAGCCCAGAUGUCUAUGCUUCUUCAAUGGGCUUUGUCGAACCCUCUCUGUACGCCGAGGCACCCAACUACAUGCUCAACAGCCACGCGUCACCGAGCAUGUACACCGAUGAGUCUUCGGAUAUGAGACUACCCUCGUCUAGUCUUUCAACAGCCUCGGCUCCGUCAACAGCUUCUUCAGCAAUUGGAUCACCCCAAUCCCAUCACGGCCAAAUGGGUGCAAUGCCCGAGUGGACUCCUCAGGGCCUCGGUCUCCAGCCUACAAUUGUGGGCAAUGAUUACAUGGGAUCUGAUUUUGCGUCAUUCCCUGGUUCGGGAAUGGAGGAGCUCAGCUUUGACUUUCCCACGGCCAAGGCCUUUGUUGGUAAGCUCAAAACUAUUUCUUACAACACGAACGGAUACUCGCUUCGAGCUUCGGCGAUCCCCUUUCUCCCCUCCCCUUGGAUCUCGCAAUGGUAUUGGUAG